AUGCACUGGGCGAGCACGCACCGCGGCGUCGCCUCCCGCUUCCGCCUGAUCGAGUCGCACUGGACCUUCUUUGUCGGGUACGGAGGCGUGCUCGCCGCCCUGUCGGCCGGGCUUCGCUUCUGGGACCUCUUUGUGCUGCGCGCGGCGUGCUUCGGCGUCAUCAACUCGGCGCUGCAGCUCGCGGAGCUGCGCAUGCGGCCCUCCCGCAGCUAG